ACUCCAGAGGCUCAAACGUGACGGCUCGUAGUGAUCUCUGGUGAGCGACGACGGGACGCAAGCAGUAGUAGUAUGAUGCGGGUGAUAUUCUGCAAGCUCGCCGCCGGGAUUUCCUUGGUCAGUCAUGAAUCUGACUCAUUGUGAAUGCUCUCUUCAGUCAAACUACUGUCCGUGAUUGGAGGCUCUCUCAUUGAAGAUGCCGCGUGCGAUUUCUUUCCUGCUAUAUCUAGGGGCGUUCACCGUCUAUGCCUACAGCGCUUACUAUACGAUGUACCAUGUCGAGACUCCAAAGGACGAGCCGGAUCUUGCGUACGCGGGGAAAGCAAAGUACCUCACGCAUUGGAACCUCUGCCUGUGCGUUUUCUACUUCGGGCUCUGUCUCGCAGCCACUCUCGUGCCACUGAAAUGCUUGAGAGGACUCCGUGACUACAUCUUCUGCUCGGUGUCCCUCCCUUCGUGUAUUUUCGUCACGACCACAUUUUGGGCGCUCUACGCGUACGAUCGAGAGCUAAUCUUCCCCAAGAGAUUGGGGCAUCUAUACCCCGAUUGGCUCAACCACUGCUCGCACACUCUGAUCACGGUGACCGCUAUAGGCGAAGCUUUUCUGCACAAACCCAAGGUGCCGUCGAAGUUCGGAGGACUCGUCGGAGCCCUGGCCUGGCUCGCCGUUUAUCAGGUCUGGGUCCUGUACCUCGGAAUCUUAAAGGGAGUUUGGGUUUACCCCUUGCUGAGGCGUCUGAGCGCCCCAGCGCUGACGGCAUACUUUGCUGUGAGCCUUUCUUUUCUCAUGUUGCUCCACAUGGCCUGCAAUGCUCUCCUACGGUGCCGGAACCGGCGACUGCGAAAGGAUUCGGACACGCAAUUCAGGAAAAUUAUUUAGGCAUCCGAGCUCCGCCUCGGAUGCUCAAAUAAUGCGGGCAAAUCGUUAUGUUGGCUUCCGAAAUAAAAAUACGA